AUGCAUAGUUGCAUUCGCUGCCGGGAGCAUUGGUUCGAUAUAAAGAAAAACAGCUUAGGAGUCUGCAGCCGCUGCAUUAGUCGAGAUAGGGAGAGAACCGCUGACGAGCCCUACUUCUUUAGCGCUACGAAUAGCCUUAACUUCGGGGAAGUCCCUGGUAAUCUACCUAGCCUAACGAUGGUUGAGGAGAUGCUGAUUGCUAGGGUUCACGUACACGUGAAGGUCCUACAGGUACGUGGCUCUCAGUAUAAAUACCGCGGCCAUGUUGUCCACUUCCUUCGCAAUGUUGGUAGGCUAUUUGAAGAGCUCCCGGUCCUACCUGAAGAGCUAGAUAUCGUGCUCCUGCGGCCUCCUAAUAUGGAGGGCGACCCUCACUUCCAGCAGCAGUUUGCUCGCGAUUUCCGGGUACGCCGCUCAUGCCUAUUGACCUGGCUGCAUUACCUACAGCGCCACCACCCGGGCUAUCGCGAUAUCGUUGUGAGGCAGGAUCGCUUACAACGGCUUCCUCUUGACGGCAGCAUAGUUGCUUCCGUUGCUAGCCAAGUGGCUGACAUACCUAACGGCGAGGCCCCCCAAGGUCCCAUUGAGGAGGAUAUAGAAGAGGAUCCAGCAGAUGCAGAUGCAUCGGCGAUCCCCGAUUUGCAGGUUACAGACACCGAAUUAAACGCCCUGCAGUCCCGAUUGCUUCAUAGUACCCCUGACCCUGAGCGUAUGGCCGAUCUUGAGCAUAUACCGCCUAACGCGCAGGCUCAACACCAGAUGCCACUACCUUCCAUUCGCAGGACUCCUAUCAACGAAUUCAACCGUUCCCAGCCGCUAUUGACGCUCGCGUUCCCCACCCUCUACCCCGACGGCAAGGCGGACUUCGUGGAGCCUCGCCUACGGAGCCAAGACGGACGUUUUGCCCGGCAUAAGACGUGGCCUUUUAUCGCCCUCAACACGCUAUUACGUGCGCAGGUCAGAAAGCGGAGCAACUACUCGGUCAAGCAACACAAAGGCCGCCGCCGUCAACCCCUUACGCGCGCUAACAUAGAGGAAGCGAUAGCUAAGCCUGACGAGCCAGAGGCUCAGGCCCUGAUCCAGUCGAUCACGCGCCAAGCCGCCGAAUUGGAGGCAUGUGCCUACAAUCUAGGCAGGCCUGGCCUUUUCGUUACAGCAAGUGCGGCUAAUUACCACUGGGAGUCCCUAUAUCCAGCUCCUGAGGCGGCGCGAAUGGCUCUAUCCCGGCAACUGCUGCGAGACAACGCCCACAUUGCCGCUUAUCACUUCCAUAAGCGAUAUACGCUCUUUAGGACUAUUAUCCUGAGGCAGAAUGGCCACCCGGACUUAGAUCCCAAUGACAGCCAGUCCCGGGAGCGAUUUGCCCGAAUCUGGGGAUAUCACGUAUCCGCUGUCAACCCAGAGCCUCAGAGGGUGCAGGCACCUAGGGAAGGGAAUCCCUUAAUCAGUAAUCUAUUGGAACAUCCCCUUACCGUCCAGUUCCUGUCGAUAGUAGUAAACCGCCUCAGCAAGCAUACCAAGCAGGUGGACCAGAUGAACCACUACAACCGCUUACUUGCCGUUGCGUGGCUAGCCAAUACAGAUGUCUCACCCUGCACGAGCCUGCAGCAGGUGAUCGAUUACGCAGCUAAAUACUGCUCCAAGUCGGAGAAGAAGAGUGAGUCUUUUGCCCAGAUUGGGAAGGCCCUAAUGCCCCGGGUCAAGGACCACAACCCGCUGAUUUCCUUCACGUUAAAGCUCCUAAAUCAGCUAGUUACUGAGCGAGACUACUCGAAGCAGGAGGUUAGCCACUUGCUCCUCGGUCUGCCGUUACAAGAGGGCUCACGAACCUGCUUACACAUUGAUUGCCGUAAUCCUGACAUGCAUUCCCGCUCUUUACGGAUUGACGCCGAUGAGUGGAAGCAAUGGCAGCCAGCCAACGUCAACGGCAGGCCGCGUGUAUUAUGGCCAGAGUACUGCCGCGUAAAGCUAGCAUUAAACCACCCACAUCGUCGGCAUAAUGAGCUCCUCAUAUUUGACGGCCAUCGUUUUAAUUCUCACGCUCAGGCCUUCUCCUAUUAUUGGCAGCACCACAGUCAUAGUGAUGACCAUUACGGCCGGCCAAAAGAGGUUCGAUUACAACCUCAAGAGGAUCAAUACGAGGCUCUACCAGUGGAGGAGGAAUUUAAUGACGAAGACUAG